AUGUCCCCAAGCGUUCAGUAUCACUGUCCUUGCCUUUCUUCCAACCCCGUUCCUCCACCUCCCCAACUGGCUUCCUCGUCACACGCCUUCCAUGCCCUGCACGAACUUUACUUCUGCGAAGAAUGUGAUGCAGUUCGUUGUAAUCGAUGUGUGUCUGUGGAGGUCAGUGGAUACUAUUGCCCCAAUUGCCUCUUCGAAGUGCCAAGUGCCAGCGUCCGUGCAGAGAAGAACAGAUGCGCCCGAAACUGUUUUCUCUGUCCAAACUGUCGAAAUACACUCUCGGUCGUACCCUCUGACCCACCAGACGCAGACGACGGGAUGACGGCCAUCAGCGCUGUGGGCGAACCUCCGUUCUUUCUGUACUGCAACCAUUGUCGAUGGGAUUCUGCCGAAGUCGACAUCACAUUCGAGAAGCCCACCGGCCUUGCAGCCCAAUUACAGAAGUACGAAGACUCCGCCCCGGAAUUCCUCGAAUUCGAACGGCUGAAGGAACACUUUGAGCCCUUCCUACGUGCAUCCUCUUCCUCUAACCCCGCCCUCACCUCAUCGACACCACACUCACACCAUACCCAUGUGAACCCCAUCACUGCAGCCGCAUCUCAUGCCCUCGCUCGCGACGUCCCCGGCGUCUCAAAAUACACACCCAGCCCUCGAAGUCGGCCCGCGAAGGAUAAAGGGCCGAAGGACGAGAUUUCUGAAUACAGGAGUCGAGUCGAGGUCGGCGGUGGUGCGAGUGGAACGGGUGGCGAGGUUGACGUUGAGUUCAUGGAACAUAUUGAGACAGAGAACGAAGUGGCAGCUCUGGAGCAACGAUGGGCGAACAGUUGGGCGACGUCUCUACGGACCAACGACUUGAGACCUCUACGCAUACCUCUGCAUUCCAAGAAGUCCAAGCGGUGUCCAACAUGCCGGCACAUUUUGAUCAAGCCAGAGCAGAAGGCUCAGUCAGUACGGUACAAGAUCAAGCUCGUAGCAGCAAACUACCUCCCUGCAAUAAGCGUCGCACUUCCACAGCCGAAGGACGUGGCUUCUCGUCGCGCCGCAUCAUCCGCUCGAAAGGAGGCAACGGAUGAUAGCGCGCAUACAGGAGAAAUGCAACCGAGUGCUACAUAUCCCUUCCAGCUCGCAUUGACUAAUCCUCUCUACGACCCAAUCCAAGUCCGUCUUUCCGUUCAACGCCAGGCCGUCAACACAUCAUCUUCGUCCUCCGCAGACUCCGAAGCGAAGGAAAAGGCCCGCCGCCCACCAUUUGCCAUCACACUUCCGUCGUCGACAUUUCCCAUAGCAGCCUUCGCCGAAGCCUGGGAGUAUGAAGAUGAUGAAGAUAUGUUUGGGGUGGAUGAAGAUGAAUUCGAUCUAGACGCACGUAGUCCUGGUGGGGCUCUUGGACGGCCUCAAGAAGGGAGAACCAAGAGUAAGACGGUGGGCGUGCUUGAGAAGAGGGCAAACGUCACGAUUGUGGGUGGAGAGGUCAUGAUUGGCAAGGAGGCGAAGGGCGAGGUUAAGUUCAACAUGAUGGUAUCCUACACUUACCGCUCAGACGAUCCUGCGCCUGAAGACGACCCAAGGGGCACUUCAUCAUCCAGGACAAAGGGUCCUGAGAUGAAAACGUUUUCGUUCUAUACGGUCGUUCAAUUGGGUACCAUUGUCGCAAAGGAAGAGAAGUCGGCAGAGAUGGACUUCUAGAUGUAUUUCAUAGACUUAUACCCAAACAUUAUCUUGAUGUACGCUG